GUAGCGCAUUCGUCGUCGUAUUCGCAUUCGUAUUCGUAUUAGCUCAGUCACUUUUGCGCUCCACUGAUAGUACUCCUCUGAUACUCAAGGGUCAAACCAUUUUGAGUCAAACCCAUUUCUCCUGAAUCUGGAUCACAUCACCAUCGAUAAUGGGAGGUUCAGAAUCAGCUUCUCCUUCACCGAGUUUAUGGUUGGCCCCAAAUCCGAGUAAGAGAUGGGGAGAAUUGUUUUUCCUUUUGUACACUCCUUUCUGGCUCACUCUUUGCUUGGGCAUCGUUGUCCCGUACAAGCUAUACGAGAGCUUUACGGAAUUGGAGUAUUUGAUUCUGGGUUUGGUUUCAGCUGUUCCGUCGUUUCUUAUACCAUUAAUAUGGGUUGGAAGGGCAGAUAGAAGCAUCUCAUGGAAGGAUCGUUAUUGGGUCAAGGCUACUCUUUGGAUAUUCAUCUUUAGCUAUGUUGGUAACUACUUUUGGACACACUAUUUCUUCACAGUAUUGGGGGCUUCAUAUACAUUUCCAUCAUGGAGGAUGAACAAUGUUCCACAUACAACUUUCCUUCUUGCUCAUGUUUGCUUCCUGUUUUAUCAUGUAACCUCGAACAUUACACUUCGUAGACUGCGGCAUGCCAUUGCUGACAUGCCAGAAAAAGUUCAGUGGGCUAUUGAGGCAGCGUGGAUUUUGGCACUUUCUUAUUUCAUAGCAUUUCUGGAGACGUUUGCUAUUGCUAAUUUUCCUUACUAUGAGUUUGUGGAUCGGGCAACCAUGUAUAAAGUUGGGUCCUUGUUUUAUGCCAUCUAUUUCAUCGUGAGCUUCCCAAUGUUUCUAAGGAUCGAUGAAAAAUCAGGUGCUCCAUGGGACUUACCUAGAGUUGCUAUAGAUGCUCUUGGUGCCGCAAUGCUGGUCACUAUAAUACUCGAUUUAUGGCGCAUCUUUCUUGGACCUAUUGUCCCGGUUUCAGACACAAAACAGUGCCUUCAACCAGGACUGCCAUGGUUCCCAGGACAUGCCAGUGAAGCUUGACCAGUGCAUCUGCAUAAAGAUCCUGGGUUUUAACUAGACCAACCGCAGACCUAACCUGGAACUGAGUCUACAAUUUAUUGCAGACCCAAUAGCUGUAACAUAGACCUCACUAGUGUAGCUUCCCCUUUUAGGGGCAAUGAGAGAAUUGCAUGAGGGAAUGUUCUUCCUUUUAAAAGGAUUACACCAAAUAACAUUUCCUUUCAGUGCGCUUGCUUGCCUUUCCUGAGUUUAUGGCACUUAUUAAGUUCUCCCUAUUCUCUAUCCUCACUCCAAGUGGCAAAUGCAUCAAAGACUAAAGGUAAGAGCACGACACCUUUGGACUAAUAUGUUUGAGAACAUCACUUGUGAAUUGAUAUAAUUUAAUAUUUGGUCUUAAAUUGUAUUAAA